CCUUUGGCACCGGCAAUGUUCGCCUAUUUAAGCCAACCCAUUGCCCUCCUUUGUUCCUCCCUCUUCUCUCUCUGCCUACAGUUUUCUUUGAAGCAAACCCUAAUCUUUUUGCCCCUUCCUCUCUUGAUCUCUUCUGCAUUGUCCUUAGAAUUGAAUUUGAGUUGUACUAACGUCGAAAUGGAUCACGCGCAUGGCGGUAAAUUUGAUUGCCUUCUGUUUGAUCUUGAUGACACCUUAUAUCCCUUCAGUUCUGGCAUAUCUGCUCACUGCACCAUGAAUAUUGAAGAAUAUAUGCUUGAGAAGCUUGGGAUAGAAAAGAGCAAGAUAUCUGAGGUGUCUAACUUAUUAUACAAGCACUAUGGAACAACAAUGGCUGGCUUAAGGGCUAUUGGCUACAAAUUUGAUUAUGAUGAGUACCACAGUUUUGUUCAUGGGAGAUUGCCAUAUGACAAGCUAAAAUCCGAUCUUGUUCUUAGGCAACUUUUACUUAGCCUGCCAAUUCGUAAAGUUAUAUUUACGAAUGGCGAUAAGUUGCAUGCUGCUAGGGUUCUUAGUAGGAUGGGGAUUGAAGAUUGCUUUGAAGGGAUUAUAUGCUUUGAGACUUUGAAUCCACUGGAAGAUCCAUCAAGUCCUAAUGAGGCAAAUUCCGAAAAUGAAAUUUUUGAUAUUAUUGCGCAUUUGUCGAAGGAUGAUGCUAAUGUGGAACUGCCCAGAUCCCCAAUUCUUUGCAAACCAUCUGAGGAUGCUAUGAUUCAAGCUCUGAAGAUUGCUAACAUUGACCCUCAGAGAACUAUUUUCUUUGAUGACAGCAUCAGGAACAUUGUGGCUGGCAAACACAUUGGUCUUCAUACAGUGCUGGUUGGGACCUCCAACAGAAUCAAAGGAGCUGACUAUGCAUUAGAGAGCAUUCACAAUAUCAAGGAAGCAUUGCCUGAGCUAUGGGAGGAAGCAAAGAAAUCAGAGGAGAGACAAUAUUCUGGCAAAGUCUCAAUUGAAACAUCAGUAACCGCUUAGGAUUUGUUUUCAUGUAGACAGAUCAAAGGGAAAAAAAAUCCUGCAUUUUACAGGAUUUAUUGUUGGCCCUUAGUUGAUAUAUGGAGUUGUAACUACUAGUAAAUUUACAACAGAAAUAAAUCUUUUUACUCCUCCUUUGUUUGCAAA